UCCCGCAAGAACACUCGUUUUCGAUAUACUGCUACCACCAUGGUUUCCUCUCACCUGCUGCGGGGUAGCCGAAAUACACAUAGAUAUGUCCCUUAUCCUACAGAUCUUAAGGCUCUCUCACUCUGUUUAUGACAGCCCCCACGUGGCCUCUCGCUACGCUUUGGAUGGCUAUAUAAGUAAUCCGCCGUCUGCUCUUCCUACCUUGUUUCCUCUCCACACCACCGCAACUUCUUGGCUACCAUAUACCGAUUCACCGAUGUAUUAAGCGAGCCUCAACUUUGACAACGCUAUACACGUUGAUUCUCUCUCCAUGCCACUUGGAGAACAUGAGAAUGGACCCAAUACUCACUCUCAAAGAGUUUCCGGCAUAUCUCCAAGGGCAAAGGACUCUACCACGAUAUGACGCCAAGCAAGAGAAGAAACCGGACGAUCCCUGGUGGAGACUUGAUAGAGCCAGUAUCGAUGAGUUGAUGAAAGAACUCGCACAACUCAUCACUGAACAAUUGAAAGGCUCUCCAGACAAUGACAAAGAGCUUCAGCAUUUGUUACGUACGGCUACCGACCUCGCCCACGUCGUGCUGAGCCCUGCAAUCAAAGUUGCCCUGAUUGGAGCUCAAGGUGCAGGAAAGAGUCUUACGAUCAAUGCUCUAUUUGACUGUGAUGAUCUUUCGCUCACCGGUGCGGAAGGGGCUGUUUGUACCAGUUCGAUAACGCGUUAUGUUCAGUACCCUAAAAGCACAACCGGUGAAGAUCAGUUCUUUGCAGAGAUCAAAUUCUUCACUAGAGAAGAACGAGAAGCACUACUCAAAGAGCACGCUCGGUCGUACUACGUAUACCACAACGUCGACGAUGACGAUGACGAUGAUGAGGACGUCUCACGUACGAAGACUAUCGGGCAGGAUGAAAUGGACCGCAGUCUGAACGACACCGCGGAAGAUAUCUUCACAACAUUGUUCGGGUUCUACGACGAAUUUCUUGAGAAUUGGAAUGUAUCUGAUUACAGAUCAGGAGAAUUCAUCAACCUCUGUCAGCUGAAAUGCGACGAAGCCCUAAAGAAAGAGCAAGUUGACUCUCAGGGUAUUGCUACUAAGAUGGCAGAUACUCAGAAGGAACUGCUGGAGAAAUUACGACCAUUCUUAACUAGCGUCAAAGGUCAGAGAUGUUUAUGGCCACUCGUGGACCACAUCGCAAUCAGAUUCCAUCAUGAACUACUCCAAGGAGGGAUAGAGAUCAUCGAUCUCCCAGGCUGGGGUGACAUCAAUCUUUCUAGAGUCCGGCAUGCCGAACAGAUCAAAGACACUGUUGAUGUUGAAAUCAUCCUCGCAGAUACCAUACGUAUUGCCUCCGACGACAAAGUCAUCAACAGUACACGUGCAGCUGUCGCUCAUCAUGGUCCUUCAAAAGUCAAAGUUGUCGCUACAAAGGUCGAUUCUCUUUCCAAGAACCAGUUGUCUCAAUGCGCAGGCGGCGAAUUCGACAUCAUCAACCAGUUGCUGCAGGAAGUUGAAGAGCAAGAGGCUGGCCUGGACGAUGAUGACGAAGACGAGGAGGUCAAUUCGAAGGAGCGCAGGACUUUGGGCCAAUAUCGCAUUUAUCUGGAACGUAUCCGAAAGCAGAAAAAGAUACUGCAACGUGCAGAUAUCAUCAACGCAGAGCUCACGGCGAAGCUCAAGGGCAGAACCACCAAGGACAUGCCGCAGAUAUUUCACACCUCUGCCUCUGAGUACAUGGACUGGAUACGCAAACCUAAGCUGGGGUUUUCGAAUCAGCCAUCGCUAUCUCCCGAUAUGACUGGUAUUCCCUCCAUUCGCGAAUAUCUCUUUUCUUUACCAGCGCAACAGAACUUGAGAGAUUAUGAACGCCACAUCAACACAACGAUUCCAGCAUUCAUCGAGAAAGUAAAGAGAACUGUUUCAGAAAGAGAGCGUGAUGGAGAUUUCCGAACCAUAGCUGAUGAUAUCGACGCGGUUCGCAGGGGAUACAUGACCCGGCUUCUCUCAGAAGCGAAAAAAGGGUUUCAAGGAUGUUUUGACGAGAGCGUUCAAAGAAUCGAAAAGGACAUACCGAAUUUCAAAGAGCAGCUUGAAGAAAAGAUGACCACCGAAUGGUUCAUCCUCAGAUCGGCGGCCUUCACUCGCAUUCUUAGGCACCGGGGCAUUGUUUUGAAAGGCGCGUCUAAAGCCAAAGGCCUUGAGAAUGGAUGCCACUGGAACAAGGAACUGGCAGACUUACUUGCACCUGGGUUCAACAAGUGGUACAACGCGCAUACGGGGUGUAUGAGAAACAUGAAACCAGCCCUGGGUGGGAGCUUAGAUCAGCUUCAUCACAAGAUCACGAACAUGAUCCACGACUCCGGCGCAAACAUGGUCAUAAUUGAGAAGGCAAGAAAGAGAUGGGCUCCAUUACGCAACAAGCUCCAAGCCAAACUCAUGGUGAUGAUGGAAGAGGUUAGCAAGCUUGAGAAGUUGAUGUUUGAGUCGGCAACCAUGGAGUUUGGUCAAGAGAGAAACCUCAUCUCUUACAUGACCGAUGACCUUUACACCGAAGUUUUCGAAGCGGUACCUGAGGAAAAGCCGCCCCUACCAGCAAAAUCAGGAAAGAAGAAGCCGGCAAAGCGAUACGUGAUGCCUAAGCUCAAGUUUCAAAAGAAACGCAUGGAAGACUUAUUCCUGAACCCAGAUACCCACUUCAUUGACCAGGUCUUCCAGCGCUUUCAGGCUGGAUUCAACGAUGCAGUUCGUACGCUCCUGGACAAGCACUUCGUUGGCAUUGACAAGAUGCUCGAAAACUUGAGCACAAGCCUUCGAGCAGAAGCUCCAAUAGACUAUCGCAUCACCGAGGAAGGGAAGGCUAUCCGCGCUGAUUUGGCAGAGCAAAUUCUCAGUUUUGAAGAGAAGGCAAUGGAACUACGGAACAAGCUACCACAAACGGUGAAGUCCGAAGAUGAUACAGCACUUAUACCUCCAAAUAACCCAGAGACAUCAGAGGGAGAUGAAAACGAUAAUCUGGCGAUCUUCUAUGAUAAGAUGACGAAGUCAAAGCGCAGGGUUACUCCUGAUCCUGCUGCUCGACGAACUAAGCGUAUCAAGACGGAACCUUCGUAAGACUAUCUUAAUAACGCGACCUCAGAUAUAUAGGUUCAUCUUACGCUUUAAGGAGGUCCGAAUUUCCCGGCACUCCCUUACAGGAUUCAACCUAUGUUCAAGUUCACGUGGCGACUGAAGAAUGCCCGUACACUCCAGUCUUCUGGAUUUCUCCAUCUGCGCUUCCUUAGACAAAAGCGGGUAUUUUUCUGCAAUAUGGCUUUCUCCCUCUGGAUCGAACCGGCGAUGGUAGUACGAAAUGUUAGGAUGCCUCAAUCGAGUUUUGCAACUUCUGCGCUGCUUCAAGUGUUAUUGAUUUCUUUUGCGGGUUUACUGAUUGUCAAUUUCUGAGCGGCAUCAUCUACUGGCUCAGAACUUCUGGUCACCGGAUCAGAAGUGGGGGUUGUCGCAGAGAUCGAGUACGAUCUGUCCAAAAGCUUCCCAAUAUUAUGCG